UCGGCCUCUCAGCUGUUUUCGCCGGGAGUGAGAGAGAGGGAGUGGAGAGGGAGGCCGAAUCGUCCAAUUUUUCUCUAUAUUUUUUCCAUUUCUUCACCAUGAGCAAAGUACUUAAGGCAGCAUGGUUCGGUACCAAGGUUGGACUCGGCGUUGGAGUAGUAUAUGCCACAGUAGACCAGGGCAUAUGGGGCAGCAGUAGACAAGCUGCUGCAGCCUAUGACAGAUUGUACGAUAUUAUGCCUGGGACGAAAAAUGUGUCCGAAAAGUAUUUACAACUCCCCAAGAAGGAGGACGUCAACAUAAACUUCCGCAGCUACUGGAACACGGGAAUCUUUUAUACCUUCGACUUCAUUGCCAACAUCCCCACUAAGAUCAUUGGAUUAAAGGAUUCUACUGUAGAUUUCAUCAGCUCGUCCUUUGCGUCAGAGAAGCCAAAAGAAGUGGAAAGUAAACCAGAGGAAAGCCAAGCUGCGGCAAGCCCUCCUCCCCCUGCUGCUAGUGAUGCUGGGCAGGCCGAGGCUGCUAGUACAGAAGAUGCUAAGAGCUAGGAUAUUUUCCCCAACAAAAGAGGUUGAUUUAUUUUUUGUUUAGAACCAUGAGGCAGAAAAGUUUUCAAAAAGUGUAAUGAAUCUGUUUAUUAUUACAAUUUGUUUAAUUUUCAUUUUAUUAUCUUCUUUAACGGAUGCAUAGAUGGAAUUUUUCUUAUGCUGCUCUUUCUCUCACUGACUUGUAUAUAGUGAUCAAUAAAAGUAAAGGCUAC